AUAAAGCUUAAAAUGAUCUCUAUAUCCACAACAAGACAUCAUAGGCCAUCCAUUCCUUACAGAUUAUAACACAAUCCACCGAUUCUCUUUUACCUUUUUGGAAUCUCUCCGGCCAUGGCCCUUUCAAUUUCUUCAACUGCGUUCUCGACUCUCCCAAUCAGAGAAUCGUUUCACAGAGGACAUUCUCCGGGAAAAUUCCCAAAUUAUGAGCUCCGGCGGGAUUAUUACCGUUUGAAAGCUGCGAAAUCCGGCGUGUCCAGCGUUUGUGAACCGCUCCCUCCCGACAGACCCCUCUGGUUCCCCGGCAGCAGCCCGCCGGAGUGGCUCGACGGCAGCCUUCCCGGUGAUUUUGGGUUCGAUCCGCUUGGAUUGGGUUCUGACCCAGAGACACUAAAAUGGUUCGCACAAGCGGAGCUAAUGCACGCAAGAUGGGCAAUGCUAGCCGUAGCCGGAAUCUUAUUACCGGAAUGGUUCGAAAGCUUAGGACUAAUACAAGAUUUCUCAUGGUACGACGCCGGAUCGCGGCAGUAUUUUGCAGACUCGACGACAUUGCUGGUGGCGCAGUUGGCGUUGAUGGGGUGGGUGGAGGGGCGGCCGGAGCCGGUCAUGGUGUUGCGGACUAAGGAGAUCAAGAAUGGGCGGCUGGCCAUGUUGGCGUUUGUUGGUUUGUGGUUUCAGGCUAUUUAUACUGGCCAAGGGCCGCUUGAGAAUCUCGCUGCCCACGUGGCAGAUCCCGGCCAUUGCAACAUCUUUUCGGCGUUUAGUGCAGGCUCAGGUUGAGUUGGAGCUUGUUUUGGCUUAGUUGAGACGGUGGAGUGUGUACAUAAACCAAUGGGAGGAGAAGAAUUUGUAAUGGUUGACUAUAAUCAUAUUUGGAUCUCUAUUGGUUGAAGAUUUAACAAAGUACUAUUGAACCAAAAACUGUCACUCAAUUUCUGAAUUCAAACCACACCAGUUUAAAAAGAAA